GAAUUUGAAGUCUGCUACACUCUGAGCAAGUCGGCAGGCUCUUACAUUAUAUCUGUUAAAAACACCUAAACGUCACCUGUACCAACAGCGCGAGCGCUGCCGUUGUACCCUAGACCCUGCUGGUAGUGUACGGAACGCUGUCUGUUUAUUUCGUGUGUUAAAAAUGAGUCCUACAGACGCCAAACGCGGAGCGAAGCGCAGGAAGAAUAAGCGGGGCGGCGGCACAGGGAAGGCCGGAGCUCCGCCAACACCCUACAGCGGCACCGCACACGGAGACUUGAGCACCAUCCCCAGCCUCAACGGAGAGGUUCCAGUAAAUGGCGCACCACAAUUUUCAGAAGGUCCAGUGAAUGCUGACUUCUCAGGAGUCCUUCAGACCCCGUUCACUUUCGGGGUAAACCAGAGGGCCCCCUACACCACAAGUGACCGUUGCCUUCUAUGUCGUAGCGAACGCAAGGACACCAUCUUCCAAGAUGUGGGAGGAUCCAUUCAGAAUGGCACUGCCCAGUCGCCCAAAUCUCCCAGUGCCCUGCAACUGCCUCUGUAUGUCUGCUCUGACUGCAAACGCACAGUGGAGAAGGACGACCGCCCACCCCCCCUCGACCAGUCUCUGUUGAAUCAGGACUUCCUAUUACACAUGCCGGUGAGUAAUGGCGGUUUAUCCCUGGAGCCUAUAGGGGCCGUAGGGAGACUGAAUGUCGGAGCACCAACAUUGCCUGCACCAGAUCUCAGUACUCCCCUCACUACAGACACAGUGUGUAGCUGUGAGGCCUGCUGUGAGCGAAGGGAGAUCACAGCUGAGUCAGAGCAGGAGUCACAACAGCUGCAGAAUCACUGGUCUGAAGUGCGAUACCUGGUCAGGUGCAUUUACCGUCAGACUGGGACUCCGCUGGCUGAUGAUCAGGAUCAUCCUCUCGACCGGGACAAAGAAAGCAUGAAGGAACUUGUUGACAGGCUCUGUGAGAAGGAUCCCUAUCAGUUAUAUCAGCGUCUGGAGCAGCAGGCGAGGGAGUAUGUGUUAGAGAUGAAAGUGCGACUACUCAAGCAUCUGUCUGUGGGCUCAAAGGCGACCGGUGCCAUGGCUCAGGGGCCCCCACAGGCUCACCAGUUCAUCUCACUGCUGCUAGAGGAGUACAAUGCACUCUGCCAGGCCGCCCGCACCAUCAGCAGCUUUUUGCUCACUCUGGAGAACGAGCAUUUACAGAAGUUCCAAGUUACAUGGGAGCUCCAUAAUAAGCACCUUUUUGAGAACCUGGUGUUCUCUGAACCCAUCUUGCACAACAGUCUACCUGCCUUAGUGACCCAGCUCAGGCAGGGGACAACAUCCCAUGACUCAUACAGUGAGGAUAUGUACCAUAUGCUGCUGGAGAGGUACCACCAGCUGGACCAGGAGAUGAGUGCAGUGGCUCUAGAAUGGCUGGAGUGCGAGAAGAGGAUUGACGACUAUGUCGAUGAGCAGUUGCUAUUCAAGGUUGAAGGUCAGAAUCUCACAAAUCAAAGGACUGAACCACAUAAGUCUUUAAUUAAUAGAAAUAUGUCUUUAAGAACUAAGCAAUGGAUGCUUAAAGAAGAUGCAGAGAUCUUCAAACAGAAAAGAUUUUUUGAAGAGCAGUUCUUACCGAACAGUAAGAUGUCUCUGGGUGGUGACAGUAAGUUCACAGACACAGUGAAACAGAUGCUGUCCUCCAGACUGAGUAUCCCAGACUGUCCCAACUGCAACUAUCGACGAAGAUGCACCUGUGAUGACUGCAGCCUGUCUCACAUCCUCACCUGUGGCAUCAUGGAUGCUCCUAUGGCAGAAAACAUGCAUCUGAAGCUGCCCCUGCACGCAGAGUCUCCUCGGGAUUACCUGUCUGAGGUGCACCCCCCUAGCAUGUCAUCGGGCAGCUCAGGGUCAGGCUCAGCCCCAGGCUCCCCCAUCACAAUCCAGCAACAUCCACGCCUCAUACUGCCACCGGAUGGCACCACCACAUUUAAUGAUGAAGUGCCUCCGUUGUCUGCCAUCUAUUCUCUGAGUGGGUACGAGGGCCCUGCAGUGGGGGCCAGCAUUAAUGGCAUCCACCGCCAGCUUAGUGGAGGGGAAGAGAGCAUGACCCUUAAAGAUAAAUCUCCACGGGGGAGCAGCAGUAGUAGCAGUUCCUCUGAAGGUGAUGAGGAGGAAGGGGAGAGUGGUGGAGAGCCUCCAUGCCAGAAGGAGGCACUCUCAGGACGUGACUGUCCUCCUCCAUCAUACCCUCACACACAGGUGGAGUGUGUACAGCAGCCAUGCGAGUGUCAUGUGUGUAAUCAGGGCUCUGUGGACAGUAGCCCCUCCAGCCUGAGCUCCACCUGCCUGCCUACCAGCAGGCUGCAUGCAGGGGGGCACCAGUUCUUCUCAGAGAAGACCCACCCCGCCCUCCACCUCUACCCCCACAUCCAUGGCCAUCUUCCUCUACACAACCUCUCCCACCUGCCCAGACCACUGCUGCCCACCCUCUACUCCACCCCUCCGCUCACACACAGCAAGACUCACCCUCCCACCCCCACGUCCAGUCACACAGGUGGAAAGCAGCAAGUGUUCAAUCCCACCCUACCAGAGCAUGUCUACCAGAGCUGCUUCAGCACUGCGGGGGACUGGAACGGCUCUUUGCCAUGCCCCUCGCUCAAGCUAGAGAACCUCUGGGACACACACAUGAUGAAAAACUGGAACCCUUCUAUGCUGCUCCAGGAGCCACUACCUGGUGACAUGCUGGGCCCUCCUCUUCCCGACAUGCCCCUUCUUUCCUCCAGUUUGGACACUGCUGCAACCCCCCACUCCACCCUAGAUGGCAAAGAGAAGAAUAAUGGGGCUAAGAAGAAGUGUCUUUUCAACUACCAAGAUGCCUUCAUGGAGGCCAGUGAAGUGAUGGCCACAUCCUCUGCCACCUCCUCUGUCUCCAGUACCACCACCACUUUCCAGUCGAAUGAAGUUUUCCAUAAUUUAGGUAAAGAGGACCAUAGACAUCCAUCUCCUGUUGCACCUAGGAAUAGCCCUACCAGUCUUGCAUCUCUUCCCCCUCUCUGUGGAACCUCACACCUCUCUGCACCCAGCACACACCUGCCCAGUAUAGGCACCCAGCCCUUCCCAAAGACUGUAACUCAGACCCCAGGCUUCAUGGAUGUCCAACAAGGUCUAUGCUUGUCAUCUGGUGAGCAGUCAACAGCCCAGGUCGACGGUCUAGUCAGUGGUCCAAAUAGCGUUUGCAGUGAUCCAGACUGUGAGGGUCAUCGCUGUGAAGGGAACGGAGGCUACGAGCACCAGCCGUAUGAAGGGGAGGAAAGCCCAGAUGAGGACAGCAGCUCAGAGCACAGCUCCUCCACAUCCACCUCCACCAAUCAGAAGGAAGGAAAGUACUGUGACUGCUGCUACUGUGAAUUCUUUGGUCACGGAGGGCCCCCUGCUGCACCCACCAGUAGAAACUAUGCAGAGAUGCGGGAGAAGUUGCGACUCAGGCUAACUAAGCGGAAGGAGGAACAGCCUAAGAAGGAAGAAUUGCUGCUGGAGCGGGAUGGGGUGGAAGACCAUCGCAGGGUGGAAGACCUACUGCAGUUCAUCAACAGUGCAGACAGCAAACCAACUAGCAGCUCCAAAGCAGCCAAACGUGCCCGCCACAAACAAAAGAAGCUGGAAGAGAAAACUCGUCUUGAGGCAGAGGCUCAGGAACUGGAGUUACAGCAACAGCUUCUGAAGGAACAGAGGAGGCGGCAGCAGGAGGAGGAGGCAGCGCUAAAGCAAGAGCUGCUCCGUCUGCAGGAAAUGCAGCAGUUGCGUGCAUCCAAGAAGAAGAAGAAGGAUAACAAAACCAAGGAGGCAACCAAGUCUGAAAAUCCUCCUCUCGUUCCAACAACCAACAACCCUCAGCCUCUUCGGCAGACAGCACAAAGUGUUUUGGAAAAGAACAUGCAGAACGGUAAAACACAGCUCCUGCAUAGUCUCAUCUGCCUCGGUCCCAAAGGGCCUCGUCUAGAACCUGAAUCCCCCACCUAUGGAAAGAACGGCACAUCCCAGCAGCCAAGGCCAAAGAUCUGCAAAGAGAGGCUUUCUGAGCUUCCUGCCCUCCAGAAUGGCACCACCUCCCAUCCAGAGUCAAUUCACAUCAAGGCCAAACCCAAACAGCAGGCAAAUGGCAAAACCAAUGGUGAGGCCACCAAGAGGCCAGCUGAGGCCUCCAAAGCUCCAGAACCUCCAAAAGCCGGCAAUGAGGCCAGCUGUCAAACUGACGCCAAAUCCAAGCAAAGAGCUUCAGAGGAGUCUGUAAAUGAGCUCAAAAGGGAGGAGAAGAGUAAUGGAAAAAAGCAUCAGAAUGGAGGGAAAGAUGAGUGGAACUCUCCUGUCAUUGAGUCUUCAGCUUUAGACGCUCCUCAGCAGAAUAGCAAAGUCCUCAACAACGAGUCCCCUCAGCCCAAAGGGAAGGUCAAGAAGAAUAAGAAGAAAAAAGGAGAUAAGAUGAAAAACUCAAUAGAUGAUGUAUUUCUGCCCAAAGACAUCGAUCUGGACAGUGGAGACAUUGACGAGACGGAGCGUGAGGUGGAAUAUUUCAAAAGGUUCUGCUUGGACUCUGCACGACAGACAAGACAGAGGUUGUCCAUCAACUGGUCCAAUUUUAGCUUGAAGAAGGCCACAUUUGCUGCCCACUAAUGGGUCUUCCUUUCAUGAGACAAUGGCAGGAAUCUAUUAGCAUUCCUCCCGAUUCUUCUCUCUCCCAUGUUCUUACAGUUCUUACUGCUGACCCCAGUGCUGCUAUGCUUCAACCGCUUCUCUGGUCUACAUUAUCCACGCUGCCUUGCCUUGUCCUUGUUGCUGAGGGUUCCUCAAAGAACCCAAAUUGGACUUGUAUUCCUGUAGUACUUCUGGAGAAAAAAAGAGCAAAGUCAAAAGAACACCACAAAAUGUUACUUUGAGUUUUUUUCUUUUUCCCCUGAGUUUUAUUUUGUUUUUCCCUUUUUCUUUUCAAUGUGUGUGCUUUUUGUCAGUGAGUUGGCUGUUUCACUUAGGUCUAUGCCAUGUUCUGGUUUUUCUCUGGCCUUCACAGUUGUCAAGAUGCUUUAUGUACUUAAAAGGCACUGCAAAAAAAGACAUUCUUAAAGAUGAAAAGUUGAAUUUAAAAUCAAAUCAGCUGUGGCUUUGCUCACUUUUGCACCUAGCACUGCACCUCCUCAACUCUUUGUCAAAAAAAUCAGACUGGUCAGCUUCAUUUCAUUGCUCCCUCUCUCUCCCUUUAUCAGGAGAAUGGCGAAUACUUGACAAUGUUCACAGCAGUUUUUAGUUCCUUUUAAAAAUUGUUCAGUGUAACAUCUGUGCUCAAGUUACCAUUUUAUUUUAUUUUUCUUCUUUUUUUUCAAACUUGUACCAAGCUUGUAUCAGAAUACUUUCAGAAUCAAAUCAAAAAGAACAAUACUCACACUAUCAAUCUGUUAUAGAGUGUAUAUUGUAUUAACACUGAAGCCAGACUGGCUACUUUUUAACAUAUUGUUAAGUAAUAUAAAAAUCUUGUCUUUCUUUUUGAAAGAUGGAAUACAGUAGAGUGGCAGGAUA